CAGCGUAUCCACGGAUUCGAAUUACCCCAGGCAAAGUGACCGACUUUAAUGGGAACCUAUCGCCUGAGUCCAAGCCUAUCGAAACGUUUCCUUGUACCCUUUCCGUCGCUGUAUUCUUUUCCGGUGAAGUCCUUCGCUGGGAAAUAUUAGGAAUACUUCACAAACGAUGUUACUGCAAUUUGCACUUCACAGUCAAAUACCCGUGAAGGGUGACAGCGCAUGCGCAAUCGCGAAUGGGUCUCUCGCGUUAUUUCCUUAAAUUCUCCUGAGGAUAUGCCACAGAGAUAUCGAAUAACGCACAUUCCACGUUUCGCUCAACCUCCAGCCAUCAUCCUCGAAUUAUAUCCACGCUAAUAUUCGGUAUGCCUUCCAAGGAGCUACACCUAUCGGUUAUCGACCAAACAAUUCUCCGCGUCUACGUCCGCCACCUACUAUUCUUCGCCUUUCCCGAUCCUUCCGUCGCUGGGGAAGCUAUUCUUGUCCUCGCAAACGGCCUCCAAGCGGCAAUCGCCGAAUAUCCAUUUUUAGCCGGCACCGUAGGCCCUGCGGAUCCGAGGACCGGAAAACUUACGGCGCGGUACGAGGAUCCUGCUCCUUGUGUUACCACAUCCGGGAUCUUUUAUGCGAGUUUCGACCUCGCGGAUAGUUCAGAAUUCAACUAUGUAGCGUUGAAAGAGGAAGGAAUGCCGCCAUCCCGUUUCCCAGGCUCAUUGUUCUGCCCCAGGCUGCUAAAGAGCCACCCAGGGCUUGAAGACCAGUUUGCAGAGGGAGUAACCACGAUGCGCAAAGGAGAGAUACCAGCUCUGGCGGCGCAGGCGAACUUUAUUCCGGGGGGGCUGGUGCUGAGCGUCUACAUGCAUCACAGUGUGAUGGACGGAACAGGCAUUGGCCUUUUUUAUAAGCGAUGGGCGGACAACGUGCGGACACGAAUGACCAGGCAGGAAGAGUCCCGGACAACUGCCAUUGAUCCUUCGGUUUCUCGUCUCCUUCUCGACACUGUCGGGCGUAUAGCAGCGCACGAUUCCAUCUCCCCCUGUUCGGAACUAACGACCUCGCCCUUCAGUUCGGAAUCCACCCGCCGCGGGCCCGUGAACGUAACCGCAAAAAUCUUCACGAUCCCCUACCAACUCAUCUCCACUCUCUCUUCCAGCCUCAGCUCGGCCACGUCAACGCGGAUAUCCUCCUUCACUGCGAUAGCAGCCCUACUCUGGUCCCACUGCGUGCGAGCUCGCGGACCCGUGCUCCAAUCCCCAUCAUUCAUUCUGACCACGCUGGGCAUUGCAGUUGAUCACCGGAAACGCCUCGGUCCACCAUUCGAGGAGGGCUAUAUGGGGAAUCUAGCAUUACACACCACCGCCACGCGAUCCGUCGAUAGUCUUCUCCUCCCUGCAGAAAUCACGGACAAAGAACUAGCACCCCUAGCUGUUAGCAUUCGCCAAUCACUACAGUCGCUCUCCAGCAAAUGGGUCAUCAACCGCCUCGCCUUGCUAUCCUGCAUUUCCGAUGUCUCGACUGUGCGCCAUAGCUUCCAGAUUGCAGGGGGUUCGGACUUCUUCAUUACCAGCUGGACGCAUAUCGGCGCAGACUGUGAAUGGGAUAUUCCCGGUACGACGUCGAAGAAGUGGGAGUUCUUUCGCAAGCCGCGGUGCACGGGAGAUGGUGGCAUUGUGGUAUUGCCGAGGCGAAAAGGGGAGCGGGAGCCGUUUGAGGUGCUCGUGCAGCUUGUGGAUGAGGAUAUGGAGAGGUUGGUGGAGGGAAUGGGUAGUUGGGCUGAGAAGGUUGUUUGUUAAGCUCUAGUAAAGGUGCUGUAUAGGCGGGAGUCUUGUGAAGUGUAUGGCGGUAAGAAGGGCGGCAAAAGGAAGCGGUUAGAGCUAACUUGGGCUUUUCGACCAGUGAAAGACUACCCUGCAGGAUAGGUUCUACCUCGCGCGGCGUCGUAUUAACUCCACUCAACUCACACAGAGA